AUUAGUGGGAGUUGAGCUGAGGUUGAGGCUAACAGCUAGCCUGCUAUGUGGAGUGUGAGCUGGAGACACGGAGCAGAGUGAUGAAAACAUGCCUCACUUCACUGUGGUACCUGUAAAGGAUCAAGCUCAGUCCAGCUAUGACAGUCUGGAGGGGAUUAACUGGGUGGAUUACAGGGACACUGGACAGGACUACCCUGAUCAUCAUGACACUGUCAGCUCUGAUGGACAUGGAAACCAUAAAGAGGACAGUCCGUUUCUCAACAGUACAGAUGCUGCUGGCAAGAAGAAUGACUUCUAUGACAGGAACCUGGCUUUGUUUGAGGAGGAGCUGGACAUCCGGCCGAAGGUUUCCUCUCUGCUCAGUCGCCUGGUCAGCUACACCAACAUCACGCAGGGAGCCAAGGAACACGAGGAGGAGGAGAGCGCUCAGGCCUCACACAGGAAGACCCCCAAGUCUCCUAACAUGGGAACCCUGAUGGGAGUCUACUUGCCAUGCCUGCAGAACAUUUUCGGUGUCAUUCUUUUCCUGCGCCUUACGUGGAUCGUGGGGAUGGCUGGCAUCAUGCAGUCACUGCUGAUUGUCCUCAUAUGCUGCUCAUGUACCAUGCUCACAGCCAUAUCUAUGAGUGCCAUUGCAACAAAUGGUGUUGUUCCAGCUGGAGGGGCAUACUUCAUGAUCUCUCGCUCUCUUGGCCCUGAGUUUGGAGGAGCAGUGGGGCUAUGCUUCUACUUGGGCACCACCUUUGCUUCUGCCAUGUACAUCCUGGGGGCCAUUGAAAUAUUCCUGAAAUAUCUGGUCCCCCAAGCUGCCAUUUUUCAUGCCACAGACCUCCCUGGGAGUGACAGUGCCAUGCUGAACAAUAUGCGAGUCUAUGGCUCUAUCUGUCUGAGUCUGAUGGCUGUGGUGGUGUUUGUAGGAGUGAAAUAUGUCAACAAGCUGGCCUCUCUUUUCCUUGCCUGCGUCAUUAUUUCAAUAGUCUCCAUCUAUGUAGGAGCAAUCAAAUCUGUGACUCAUCCUCCUGAAUUCCCAAUCUGCAUGCUAGGGAACAGGACUUUGGUGAGGGACCGCUUUGAUGUGUGUGCUAAAACUGUGAUGAAGGGAAACAUGACAGUACCCAGUCAGCUUUGGGAACUAUUCUGUCUGCCGGGUAACAUGAGCAGUGCUCAGUGUGACGACUACUUCAUGCAGAACAAUGUGACAGAGAUACAAGGCAUCCCUGGACUGAGCAGUGGGAUUAUCAGAGAAAACAUGUGGGGAAACUACAUGCAGAAAGGUGAUAUCAUAGAGAAAGCUGCUCUUCAGUCAGUGGAUGCUCAUGGAGCUAUGGAGACCUUUGGCAUGUAUGUGUCUGCAGACAUUGCUACAUCUUUCACUCUCCUGGUGGGGAUCUUCUUCCCAUCUGCCACAGGUAUCAUGGCAGGCUCCAACAGAUCUGGGGAUCUCCGUGACGCUCAGAAGUCCAUCCCUAUGGGGACAAUCUUAGCUAUCACUACUACUUCCCUUGUUUAUUUCAGCUCUGUGGUGCUGUUUGGGGCUUGUAUUGAAGGCGUAGUCCUCAGGGACAAAUUUGGGGAUGCUGUUAGGAAAAACCUGGUGGUGGGAACACUUUCCUGGCCGUCUCCAUGGGUCAUUGUCAUUGGCUCCUUCUUCUCUACAGUUGGGGCAGGCCUUCAGUCCUUAACAGGGGCUCCACGGCUUCUUCAGGCCAUCGCUAAGGACAACAUCAUUCCUUUCCUCAGGGUGUUUGGUCAUGGAAAGACAAACGGAGAGCCGACAUGGGCUCUACUCCUCACUGGUCUUAUCGCUGAGCUGGGAAUUCUAAUAGCCUCUCUGGACAUGGUGGCCCCCAUCCUUUCAAUGUUUUUCUUAAUGUGCUAUCUUUUUGUGAACUUAGCCUGUGCCGUUCAGACUCUUUUACGCACACCCAACUGGAGGCCAAGGUUUAAAUAUUACCACUGGGCUCUGUCCUUCCUGGGUAUGAGUAUGUGUCUGGCUUUAAUGUUCAUCUCGUCCUGGUACUACGCCAUUGUAGCCAUGGGGAUUGCUGGGAUGAUCUACAAGUACAUUGAAUACCAGGGAGCUGAGAAAGAAUGGGGAGACGGGAUCAGGGGACUGUCUCUCAGUGCUGCAAGAUACGCCCUGUUAAGACUGGAGAUUGGACCCCCCCACACCAAGAACUGGAGACCGCAGUUGUUGGUGCUUUUAAAGCUGGAUGAGGACCUCCAUGUGAAAUACCCUCGCCUGCUGACCUUUGCCUCGCAACUAAAGGCCGGAAAGGGUCUGACAAUAGUGGGCUCCGUCCUUCAGGGUAACUUCCUGGACAGCUAUGGUGAAAUGCAGGCAGCUGAACAGGCCAUUAAGAAUAUGAUGGAGAUUGAGAAAGUAAAAGGGUUCUGCCAGGUGGUGGUGGCUGCUAAGGUGCGGGAGGGUGUUGUGCAUCUGAUCCAGUCCUGUGGUCUGGGGGGCAUGAAGCACAAUACUGUGGUGAUGGGCUGGCCGUACGGCUGGAGACAGAGUGAGGACCCUCGGGCCUGGAAGACCUUUAUUAACACAGUCCGCUGCACCACAGCUGCCCAGCUCGCACUCAUGGUGCCCAAAAAUGUCUCCUUCUACCCAAGCAACCAUGAACGCUUCACAGAUGGCAACAUUGAUGUGUGGUGGAUCGUCCAUGAUGGUGGGAUGCUAAUGCUGCUGCCUUUUCUGCUCAAACAACACAAAGUGUGGAGAAAAUGCAAAAUGCGCAUUUUCACUGUAGCACAGAUGGAUGAUAACAGCAUCCAGAUGAAGAAAGAUCUGGCCACCUUCCUUUACCAGCUGAGGAUAGAGGCUGAGGUGGAGGUGGUGGAGAUGCAUGACAGUGACAUCUCAGCAUACACUUAUGAACGUACAUUAAUGAUGGAACAGCGGUCCCAGAUGUUGAGGCAAAUGAGGCUGUCCAGUGCAGAGAGACAAAGAGAAGCCCAGUUGGUGAAAGACAGACACUCUUUGGUACGUAUGGGAAGUCUCUACUCGGAUGAAGAGGAGGAGAUAAUAGAGGCUCCUCCUGAAAAGGUACAGAUGACAUGGACGAGAGAGAAGUGUGAGGCAGAGAGAAGAAACCGGAAUAAUGCUCCAGAGAACUUCCGAGAACUCAUGAGCCUCAAACCGGAUCAGUCCAAUGUGCGGCGGAUGCACACAGCUGUGAAGCUGAAUGAGGUGAUAGUCAACAGAUCCCAUGAUGCCCGACUAGUACUGCUCAACAUGCCAGGACCACCCAGAAACGUAGAGGGGGAUGAGAACUACAUGGAGUUUUUGGAGGUGCUCACUGAAGGCCUGGAAAGAGUGCUGCUUGUGCGAGGUGGAGGUCGGGAGGUUAUCACUAUCUACUCAUGACUGAAUAACAGCUGCUAACCUGAGCAUCAGUGUAUUCAGACAACAUUCCAGGCCUGAAGGAGAGGUGGCACCUCGGCUCUGUUUCCAAAAGGUUCUGGUUUAAAGGCAUCAUUUUGACACUUUAAUUGUGAAGGACUGACUUUUGAGUUAAAAAAAGAUGUUUAUUCUAUUUUUGUAGAAUAAUGAGACAGAUUCUUGUACAUAGCCACACUUACAGUUUACCCACAGCUCCACCUUUCUUUACCAACAAAGGCUGUUAUAUUUGUCCCUUAGAUAUCAAUGUUAAACACAAAUUUUACAUAAGCAUUUCUUAUUUAUAGGUUACAGAUUUUUUUCAGAUGUCAGAUUUUUGUUCUUUGAAAGCUUUUGUUUUGUUUUUGGAAGCAUAUUUCUAUUUAUUUAUUUAUUUUUUCCCCCAACAUUUUCCCACUGAGGCAAAAAAAAAAAAAAAAAAAAAAAAAGUUACUGAAGGUAAUGAACUCAGCGUGUGAUGUUUGUGGCACAAGAUCAAGUCUGUACAUGUAGAAGCCAGAGAUCUUAUAGAGAUUUAAAAAUCAUAUAGAGAUAAUUUAUGAGUUUUGGACAGAUUUUUGUAUUACUGAAAGAAAGAUAAAGUGUUUCAAUGAAUGCUAAUAGAGUGCUUUAUUUGCAAUAUAAAAAAAAACAUCUGAAAAAAGGCUAAAUAUUUAGAUUCUUGAUAUUUUUUAAAUUUCAGCAAGAUUCUUCAUAUCUAUAGUUGGCAUAUUUUCUGCAAAAGCAGUACAUUGUACAUUUUAUAAUGCUUUUCUACAUUGUAGCUUUAUCAUCAUCUGAUGUCAUUUUCACUGUAAAUGAAAUCUAUUGCUGAACAUACCUAUAAUAGUGUGUUGGGAUUACACUGUAAACAGAAACAUGUGUAACAGUUUGGUUGUAUUACACUGAUAAAACACUUGCUGUUACCACAGGUGUUUCAAACCAAGACUAAUAUAACAACAACUCAAGCAUU